ACUACAUAGUUAAAAAUUCCAUCAAAAUUAAACGUGCGCGCGCAACAGCGCACCCUCAUACAAAGAGUGGGUGUGUUAAUAGUUAAGUUAUCAAACUAAAAUUUUGUUAACAUAACGAGCAUAUUAAAAACAAAUCGAAAACCAAAUCGAAGAAGUAAAAAUUUUGUGAAAAAAUUUUUUUGUUUAACCGAACGGAAAUACAACCCUGAGGUCUACGAUUUAUUCGUUUGCUAUUUUUGUUUGAUUUUUUUCUGUUUUGAUUUAUAUACGCCGCCAAUAAUUCCCUAUGUGUAAAAGAAACCAUUAUAUGUUACUGUAAGACAACAAGCAAAGGAGGAAUAACAAAACCAUCAAAAAGAAGCAUUUAUACGUGUUUCAAUUCGCCGCAUAUAUUAAUUUGUAUGAAUAGACAGAGACAGGCAUUGUGUGCUAAAGAAGAGCAUUUGAAAAAAUAAAACAUGGCUGGAAGAGGUGGUUAUGAUCAUUCUAGAAAUUAUGGCGAUCGUGGUGGCAAACAGCUACCAACAGAGCCGCCAUACAUUGCAUAUGUGGGCAAUUUGCCGCAAGGUUUGGUUCAAGGUGAUGUUGUCAAAAUUUUUCAAGAUUUUGAAGUGAAAAAUGUACGUCUGGUCAAAGAUCGUGAAACAGAUCAAUUUAAAGGCUUCUGUUACGUGGAAUUUGAGACACUGGAAAAUUUAGAGCGGGCUUUAGAUUGCGAUGGACGAAUUAAAUUAGACGACAUGGCGGCGCCGUUGAGAAUUGACAUAGCUGAUCGUAAGAAAAAUGAACGCGGUGGUGGUGGUGGCGGCGGAUUUAAUAAACGUGGUCCUCCCCGACAAGGCGGUAGUGGUGGCGGUGGCGGCGGCGGCGGCGGCCAUCAGCAAAAUUAUAAUCGCGGUGGCGGCGGUGGCGGUGGCGGAGGCGGUAAUCGCGGUAAUGAUCGUGGUGGAGAUCGUGGUGGCGAUAAUAGAGGUUCGUACAAUGAUAAUCAUGGUCACAAUGAUAGAAAUCGUAGCGGCGGCGGCGGUGGUAUGAAUAGAGGAUAUAACGAUCGCCCUGCGAAUCGUGGCCGUUAUGGUAAUUUUAACAAUGAUGAACGUUUCAAUGAUCGUAAUCAUCAUGAACGCAAUCACCGCGAGGGCAGUUACGGUGGUAAUAGUCGAGACGGCGGUGGCGGUGGUGGCAGUGACCGCUAUAAUAGCUUUAGCAGAAAUCGUGGCGGGGAACGCGAACGCCAUUUUAAUCACAAUGAGCGUCCAUCGUCGGUGUCAACCUUAGGUAGUAUAGAUGACAGCGAAAGGCCGAGACUACAAUUAAAACCGCGCACUGUUAAUGCUCCUAUUAAUGGGCUAGCGGAAACAAAGCAGGCAGCGGCUAUUUUUGGAAAUGCUAAACCACGGGAAGAAAAACUCAAAGAAUUACAACAAAAUAAUAACUCCGGUCAGACGCAUAAAGACGAAGAGUAAGCAGUGACACGUAUCAAAAAAGCAAGAAAAAAAAAAGAAACAAA